ACCCCCGUCAAAAAGAACAUCUGGGAGGGAAGAGAAUCGUUUGUAGAAGAGAAGAGCUUUUCCUGGAGGUAGCCUGCAGAGUGAGAGUUAGCGAUCGACAUGUUUAGAUAGGAAACGGUUUUAAGAACAACGAUAUCGGCCGGUCGUGGUUCCAGCAGAGUUCCCGAGAGCUGCUUGCUCUCCAGAUACGGUGAAUUUUAGAGAAACUUUGGAAACGAAAGGGAGGAUGUUGUGGUCGGAGCCGGACGAGGAAGAAGAAGCGCUAUUAUGCAGCCCCGCUCUGAUGGCCAGAAGGGCCUCGGAGUCAUGGAUCGUCACGCCUCCCGUGGAGGUAGAGCUCGUAAUCCGAGCUGGACCUGACCUCUCGGUCUCGGUUAGAUUAGAGUCCCUCAGACAUCUGGUCGAGCAACUCGAAUCGUCGUAACUACGACUGAAGACCAACGCUGAGCAAUCUCAUCAAACGCGUGUCAUGCUACAUGACUUUGUUCUUUUUUUUUAGUAAUUCAAUUCCGACGACGUUGUAGAAACCAACCAAUGUAUCGACAGUCGUCGUAGUUGCAACGACGUGAGUAUAUGUUUGAACCGUCGGUCAUUUCAAUACGAAAUCGAAAGUGUGAACAGAUAAGAAACGACUGUCGAGGGAGAGUCGAGAGAUCCGUACGAUGUAAAUCGUUCGAUAAGCCAGGCUCGAUAUCGCGUACAGCGGGGACGAAAGAUAGGAAAAAGGGGAGGUUGCAUCGAGGCUGAAAGCCGGGGCUCCUAUUCCCCAGAUAUCGGGCGACACUAUCGCCCACGAUUUAUGGCGCGCACGAAAAAUAAAGGCCUCGAAAGCUCUCAGGGCUAAGGGAAACAGAGUCCCCGAUGAACCGUAAACGGCUGAUAAUAACGAAAUAAGAGGGAUAACUCCGAUUUAUAUUCGAUAAUACUAAUUAAUGAUACCUAAUCACCGAACGAAGCAGCGGCGCCAGUCUAAUUUUUUUCUACGCUUUCUGAAGUGCGGAUAACUUCGACUCGCGAGAUACGAGAAUUACCACGAUUAUCGUUACUUUACUUUGUACACUAAGUUGUAAGUCGGAUCGUUGGAUUCGAAAUUCGUCUCGAAGAGCAAAAACAUCGUGAUCCAUGAAAGAUUGUAACGAGAUCAGAGGUUAAUGACGUUGAGGAAAGAAUCGAUGCACCUUGUUGUCAGUUUUACGUAAAAAUGGAGAGUAAAAAAUCGGUUUUUACUCUCAUCUGUCGCGUUCACUGGGAUUAGAACUCGUGGCCUUUGCACCGAUAUUACGUGCGAUUACACGUUUUGGAAGUGGUCCAAGGAUUUCUCGUCUUUCUCCUCCCAUUCUAUGUUCUCUGCUCCUUCGAAACUCGUGUAACUAAUGAACACGUACGAAUGCCGCGCCAAACAAAUUGAAGUCGUUGCCGAAACGACUGCUGCUACGACCUUACAACCAACUCUAACCAACGAACCUUAACCUUAACCCAUUAUUAUCAAUUGAAAUGUGGGAAUAAGUUUCGAGCGGAGAAGAGGUCUCCUCUUCCACGUCGACAAACAAAAUUUCCAGGUGUAUUCUUCUCGAUCACGAACGGCGGUUCAACUUGUGUCCAAUCCAAUGCGCGUUUUCGAUUGCCGAAUUCCUGAUGAAACGGGCUUUCUCUAAGGCACGCUCGCUCGGUGCAUCCGUAUAAAUAAGGCUUCUUUGCAUAAUCGAUCGCCACCUCUCUCUUUGUUUCUUGUUUCCGUUUCUUCGUGCAGGCGAUGCCGGCGGCGGCGGCGG